UGAGCCGUUGUGCUCGGUUGAGUGAGGGCUUUGGGUUAGUUCCUGUUAGGCCCCGGCCGGGGGAGUAGGUUGAAGUCUCGUAAGAUGCCCGGUGGGCUGGGGCACCGGGAGCUGUGAAGAAGGCGUGAGGAGGCGACAAGGGAAGACCGCGGCAGGCCCGAACGAGAGCGGCGGCCGAGCCCGCCUUCCCUGCACCAUGCUCAUAGAGGAUGUGGAUGCCCUCAAGUCCUGGCUGGCCAAGUUACUGGAGCCGAUAUGCGAUGCUGACCCUUCGGCUUUAGCCAACUAUGUAGUAGCACUGGUCAAGAAGGACAAACCUGAGAAAGAAUUGAAAGCCUUUUGUGCUGAUCAACUAGACGUCUUUUUACAAAAAGAAACUUCAGGUUUUGUGGAUAAACUAUUUGAAAGUCUCUAUACUAAGAACUACCUUUCACCUUUGGAACCAGUUAAGCCUGAGCCAAAACCACCAGUCCAAGAAAAAGAAGAAAUUAAAGAAGAGGUAUUUCAGGAGCCAGUGGAGGAAGAACGAGAUGGCCGAAAAAAGAAAUAUCCUAGUCCCCAGAAGACUCGUUCAGAAUCUAGUGAACGAAGAACACGUGAAAAGAAAAGAGAAGAUGGCAAGUGGAGAGACUACGACAGGUACUUUGAGCGAAAUGAAUUGUACCGUGAGAAGUAUGACUGGAGGAGAGGCAGGAGCAAGAGCCGAAGUAAGAGCCGAGGCCUGAGUCGGAGUCGGAGCCGAAGCAGGGGGCGCAGCAAAGACCGGGAUCCAAAUAGGAAUGUUGCAGAGCACAGGGAAAGAUCCAAGUUUAAGAGUGAAAGAAAUGACUUGGAAAGUUCGUAUGUGCCUGUGUCUGCACCACCUCCAAACUCUUCUGAGCAGUAUUCCUCUGGGGCACAGACUAUCCCCAGCACUGUUACUGUGAUCGCACCUGCGCACCACUCCGAAAACACAACAGAGAGUUGGUCCAAUUACUAUAACAAUCACAGCUCUUCCAAUUCUUUUGGUCGAAACCCACCACCAAAGAGGCGAUGCAGAGAUUAUGAUGAAAGAGGAUUUUGUGUACUUGGUGACCUUUGUCAGUUUGAUCAUGGAAAUGAUCCCUUGGUUGUUGAUGAAGUUGCUCUGCCAAGCAUGAUUCCUUUCCCUCCACCUCCUCCUGGGCUUCCUCCUCCACCACCUCCUGGAAUGUUAAUGCCUCCAAUGCCAGGCCCAGGCCCAGGCCCUGGCCCUGGCCCAGGCCCAGGCCCAGGUCCAGGUCCAGGUCCUGGCCACAAUAUGAGACUUCCUGUUCCCCAAGGACAUGGCCAGCCUCCGCCUUCUGUUGUGCUUCCCAUACCAAGACCACCCAUAACACAGUCAAGCUUAAUAAACAACCGUGACCAGCCUGGGACAAGUGCAGUGCCCAAUCUUGCACCAGUGGGAGCAAGACUACCUCCUCCUUUACCCCAGAACCUCCUUUAUACAGUUUCAGAACGACAGCCCAUGUACUCUCGGGAACAUGGUGCUGCUGCAUCUGAGCGACUUCAGUUGGGGACACCGCCUCCUCUGUUGGCAGCUCGUUUGGUGCCACCUCGAAACCUCAUGGGAUCCUCCAUUGGGUACCAUACCUCAGUCUCCAGCCCCACCCCUCUGGUCCCAGAUUCAUAUGAACCAGAUGGUUAUAAUCCAGAAGCUCCUAGUAUUACCAGUUCUGGUAGAUCUCAGUAUAGACAGUUCUUCUCAAGAACACAGACACAGCGCCCAAACCUGAUUGGCCUAACAUCUGGAGAUAUGGAUGCAAAUCCAAGAGCUGCUAACAUUGUCAUCCAGACUGAACCUCCAGUUCCUGUGUCAAUUAAUAGCAACAUAACCAGAGUAGUUCUUGAACCAGAUAGCCGAAAAAGAGCUGUGAGUGGUUUGGAAGGUCCACUCACAAAGAAACCUUGGCUGGGAAAGCAAGGAAAUAACAGUCAGAGUAAACCAGGAUUCUUGAGAAAGAAUCAGUAUACAAAUACCAAAUUAGAAGUCAAGAAAAUCCCUCAGGAAUUGAACAACAUCACCAAGCUCAAUGAACACUUCAGCAAAUUUGGAACUAUUGUUAACAUCCAGGUUGCUUUUAAGGGAGAUCCAGAAGCAGCCCUCAUCCAGUAUCUUACCAAUGAGGAGGCCAGGAAAGCCAUUUCCAGCACUGAAGCAGUCCUAAACAACCGAUUCAUCCGAGUCCUGUGGUAUAGAGAGAAUAAUGAGCAACCAGCACUACAGUCCCCAGCACAGCUGCUCCUGCAACAGCAGCAAACACUUAGUCACCUGUCACAGCAGCACCAUCACCUACCACAGCACCUUCAUCAGCAGUCUUCUCCUGCAACGGUACAUGGAGGUAUCCAGAAGAUGAUGAGCAAACCACAGACACCAGGUGCAUAUGUUCUUAACAAAGUUCCUGUGAAACAUCGUCUUGGACAUGCAAGUACUAACCAGAGUGAUACAGCACACUUGUUGAAUCAGUCAGGUGGUUCUGGAGAGGAUUGCCAGAUAUUUUCAUCUUCGGGCCAUCAAAAGAUUUAUAGCUCCUCGAACUUAAAGACUCCUUCAAAGCUUGGUUCAGGGUCUAAAUCUCAUGAUGUUCAAGAAGUUCUUAAAAAGAAGCAGGAAGCAAUGAAACUACAACAAGAUAUGAGGAAAAAAAGGCAAGAAGUGUUAGAAAAACAAAUAGAAUGCCAGAAGAUGCUAAUAUCCAAGUUAGAAAAAAAUAAAAAUAUGAAACCAGAAGAGAGAGCAAAUAUAAUGAAGACUUUGAAAGAGCUUGGUGAAAAGAUCUCACAACUGAAAGAUGAGUUAAAAACAUCUUCUGCAGUCUCCACACCAUCUAAAGUGAAGACCAAAACAGAGGCCCAGAAAGAACUGUUAGAUACUGAAUUGGACCUUCACAAGAGGCUGUCCUCCGGAGAAGACACAACAGAAUUACGGAAAAAACUCAGUCAGUUACAGGUCGAGGCCGCACGAUUAGGUAUCUUACCAGUGGGUCGAGGAAAGACCAUGCCCUCCCAAGGUCGAGGAAGAGGCCGGGGUCGUGGAGGAAGAGGAAGGGGCUCGCUGAAUCACAUGGUGGUGGACCACCGGCCCAAAACAUUGUCAGUCGGGGGACUCAUUGAAGAGGAAAAAGACGACUUACUUCAGCAUUUCUCAGCUGCAAACCAAGGGUCAAAAUUCAAAGACCGUCGGCUACAAAUAUCAUGGCACAAGGCCAAAGUGCCUUCUGUAUCCACUGAGACUGAGGAAGAAGAAGUUAAGGAGGAGGAAACAGAAACCUCAGAUUUGUUUUUGCCUGACGAUGAUGACGAAGAUGAAGAUGAAUAUGAGUCUCGUUCAUGGCGAAGAUGAAGUCUGAAGCAAGCUGUAUAAUUUUUAGGAAUAUUGUUUAGAAGAACAACUUUUUAAAUUUAUUUAAAGAAGUCAAUGAGCCAAAAAAUUUUUUUUAUUUUUCUUUUCAAAACAGUAGAUUUAAGGACAGCAAAUUUGCUAUUUAAACACAUCUCAUAACUGUUCAUGAUGUUAAAGCACCAAAGGCCUAGUGACUUUUAUGCAGUUGUGAAGAUCCACAGAAAUGACAUGGAUACUCUCUAGAGCCUUAUUUUCCACACCAUCUGUUUUUGUUGCUAUUGGUGUUGGAUUUGAUGUAAAUGACAGGGUGUUCAGAAAUCUUAUUUUGGAUUAUAAUCUGCUGAUAAAAUUUCAUUAAAUGUCAAAGUUGCCUGGAAUCUCUUAACUCUUAGCUAUUAUGGAAGGGUCGCCAGACAAUAGGAGACAUUUGUAAUUAAAAUACCCUUUUGCUUUCAAGAGUUCUCUUGGGAGAAAAGUAAAUUUAUUUUAUUUUUUACUGAGGAGGAGCCCAGUUUGUAUUCAAUUUAAAUUUUGAGGGGGGGGGGGGCGGUUAUGUGCACUAGUAAGUCCUAUUUUAGUGUGAACCAUAACAAAGUCUGUGUUCUUAAAUGCUAUAAGGUAAUGGUAAGCUAGCUCCAUAGUGUUUUCAUUCUGUCAUUAUAGUAAUUCUCCUGGACUUUUGUUGCUGCUGAUCCUUAAUUUGCUUUGAAAUUAGUGAGCAUUGGUUCAUUUUUUUUAACAUUUUCAGAAUAUAAAAUGUUUUCACCUAUUUCCCCUUUCUGUUCCCCAUAUUCUUUCUCAUGCCUUUUUAUUAAUAGGCCUGACUUACCCAUUAUUGAGAUAAGUGAUUCUUUUAGGCCACCAAAAGUCAACCCCCAAUAAAAGCUUAAACCAGCACCUCGAUAAAUAAGUGUUUUGAUAAGAAUAAUGAAAGAAUUUACGGGGGAGAGUCAGUCACAGCUUUUUUUUUUUUUUUUUAAUGCUUUAGUUUAGUUAAUAGUUAUACAAAAGGGUUAAAAAGUAUCUGAAAUUCUUUUCCUAAAUUUAAACCAUGGUGGUGAGGUGAUGGGGUGGGGUGGGGUAGGGUAGGGGGGUGGUAUGCUAGUAAUAAAUGGGAGUCAUAACGUGACUUUGAUCAGAUGACCUUAUUUUUUGAUAAUUUUGUAGCUUGUUGCUAUCCAUGAACAUACACAUCCUUCAGUAGACAGUUUCCUUCACUGUGUGCAUUUUUACUGUACACUAUAUAGAAUAUCUGUUAGGUAAAAUAUAUGUAAAUUUAUGUCCUUGUGUUCUGAAUGUUAGAUGGAAAAGCAGAGGAGCAACACUACACUGUAUUGACCCCUGGGGAAAUAAAUGAUUAAUGUACAUAGGAUGUCACUUUUUCAAGGAUAUACACAUUUAUGUUUUUAUAUAUGUGUGGUGUGAAAAUUUGAAACUUCCUGUUGGCUUCAGAAGGUUCUUGGUGAUCACUAUAUCAAGGAUUUUGUUUCUUGAGGUAAAGACUGUUUCUCAAAAUAGAAACUAUUCAUUAAGAAACUUAAAACCAUCAGGACUCUAGAUUUACUUAGCUACAAGAAGUUAAAUCUCACGUUCUGAUUAUCUUUUCUCUAAUACUCAUUUUCCUGGAAUGAUGUGUCAAACCAGGAUCAUAUUUAUGUUCAUGUAACUUCCCCUUCAUAUGUAAUAACAAGGACUUCCUCUUCCUAGGUGGUUGUUAUAUUUCUGAUAACACUGAACUAAAAUAAGCUUACAAAAAUGGAAAACAUUACAGUGAGGUACCUAGAAUAAGCAAUCUUGCUCCUUCCUCCUCCAUCAUCUCUAAUGAAAUUUUCUUGAUGUCUGUGGCUCAGUGGGUAUAUAUUUUGAAAGAUGCAUUGUGGUGAAUAUUUUGAGUCCUGACAGUUUAAACGUGAUAGAGGGAACAAAGGAUUUAUAUAUUUUUUGUACAAAGUUUUUUCUUAAACUGUAUAAUUUUGUAAAUAAUUUGUUUGGUUUUUUUUUGUGUACUAAAACUACCAGCGUAUAGAUUUCAAUAAGAAUUGUUGUAUUUUUGUAUUUGGAAACUGAAAAUUGCAGUAAAUUAAUGGAGCUGUAAGAAAAUUUUCAGUAGACUGACAGUUCAACAGAAUGAGAUUCCUUUUCAUGUGAUUUUUUUUAACCUCAAAAUUGACAUCUUAUUACACUCUGUACAGGGAGAAUUGAGGGUUGGUUUGCCUUUUUAGUUCUGGGGGGAGUAGGGGUGAAAGAGAAGGGUGUUAAAGUGAAGAAUAGAUACUUUCCCAGUAAGAUUUGAGACCCUUUGUAUAAAACUUUUUCAAUAUACUUAUAUAGUACUGAAAUACUUUUAAAAUGUUACAAGAAUUCUAAAACAUCUUUGACUCUUAAAAAUGAAUUCAAAAUAUGUGUUCAAUAUAAUAUUUAAAAAUUUAAGUUAAUGUUAGCAUAAGAUAGUUGAAUAUAUAUAUUUUUUUCCUUUAGAAUAUUUGAUUCCCAACCUCAAGUCCCCAACUGUUAGUAUUUUUCCUAAAAGUGACCGUGACUUGUUUUUUUUUGGUGUCUUCAGUUGCAGAGAUAACAUGUACCAUCCGAGGCAACCUCUAUUCUUUUUAAUGUGUAUGACAUGACAUCUUUCUAAGUAGCUGAUGACCAGUCUGCCUAGGCCAGCCAGCCUGUUUUACUGACGGAUUGCUGCCCAAGCUUAAGAAGGGAACCCCAGGGAAUGCAGAAUUUCCCUCAAUUUCUUCAGGUUGUGACGGGGAGAACGUCACUAGCUAAGAUGAUAAAUCGGAAAACAGUCUUGUUAGGGUGAAAAGGUCCUAGUGACAGAUCAUUUUUGCAAAAAGAAGGGGAAAAAAAUCAUGUGAAAAGGAAUAGUGGUUCCUCUUUAUGUAUAGUAUGCCUGUAUUAUAGUUUUUACCAAAUUGUGAACUUGUGUAAUAGUAUAAUAGGAGAUAUUGUUGAAUUUCUAACUGUUUAUACAUUUAAAUUCAUAUAUGUAAUGUUUGUUUUAUCAAUUACAAUCUGAAUUUCUAAGAAGCAUGUUGACUUUUGCAAUAAAGAUGCAAUAUGGAAUGGUUCACAAUUGGAAAAAAAAAAAGAAAAAAGAUAAAAGUAUUACGAAUUUAAAAGAAUUUGGAAAAUUUAUGAACCAUUCCAGAAAUUAUAACAAUCACCAAAAGAGCUGUAAUUCUGGCUUGUUCUGGAAAGAAAGAAAAUGUGUGCGUAUGCUUGCUUGUGUGUGAGCGUGAGUGAGUAGUGGAUGUGUGUGUGUGUUUUAUGUUGGGUCUGUAUACAUGAAAGAAUGCCACUCUGUGAAUUUGGGCACUGAAGUCUCUGGCUAUGAAAUACUCAGUAGAGUAACUCCCUCAGUAGGGUGAUCUUGGAAAUGAAAGUGGGGGGCGGGGGGAUUAAAAGUAUUACUUGUAAGUGAGCUUUGAUAGCCAUAUUUCUUUGUUCAGGAUGGGUCUUGGUAUCCCAGACAUAAAGCACAAGCAAUUUUAUAAAAGCCAUUGUUAUCUUGAGGAAAGAUGCCUGCCAACAAUAUAGGAAGGACUUUUUUUUUUUUGAAGCAGAAUAGAGAGAUAAGAAAGAACACCUUGAGGAGGUGACCUCUAAUUGUGGUGGAGACGUGCAAGGAAUGACAGAAGGAAGUGAUCUGACACUAAGGACUGGGAGGUGACGAGAAACGGAAGUGUAUCGCUUGGGCUCACAGUUUCUCAUUUUAAAAAUUGCUUUUCUUACAAAAUUUCCCUUUAAAUAUUCAUUGUCUAAGAGGAGUCAUUCUGUAAGUCUCAGCUUAUCCAGGAAAAUACUGAAGAAUGGGAAUAAAUUUUAUUUUCAGUCUUUUCAAAUAAACAGAUUGCAUCUGUAUUUUAUGAAUUAGGUAAAUGGUAAAUAAGCUGUGUGACCAUUUUGAAUAGAUAAUUCUAUAUAUGUUUAUAAUAAACAUUAGUUCUGGGAAUUUUGGUAGGGACCAACAUAAUUCUGAAUAUAGUUGUAUUUAUGUAAUAGUAAGUCAAAUAUUUUACUGAAAUGGAUCCUUCAUUAAAAUUACUGAUUUUAUGUGGACUUGUUUUUUAAAAAACUGGUUUCCAUGUAAAUUAUUCUAAAGCCAAGGGUAAAUUUUGAAUCACGAGCCCCAGUAUACUAUCUAGUCCUGAUCUAAUUAUGUUCCAGUAAAGGGAAGAUGGGAGCAUCUAUGUCAACACUUGGGGUCAUUUUAGAUGGCAGAGUCAGGGUUGCUUACACCAGCACAUGUGCCAUUUUUGAGGGGGCCAGUGACCACCAAUUCAAAACUAGGGCUAUCAGCUGCUGUUGCAUGUGUUAUGAAUCACCUUCAUUUAUGCUAAAUUGAUUUUGCAGCCAAGUGAUCUCCUUUCUACAGGAUCAUCUAUCAUUUGGCCUCGUACCUGGUUCUGCAAUCGACCUUAGGUUAACUAAACCAUCCCAGCAUUCUGAUAGGUGACUUGAUACAGGUAAAAUUAAGGUCAGAAUACUGUUUAGGGACUGUUGCAAGGUAUUUGCAGUUUGAGUAUAUACUUUUUUUAGGCUACUUUUGCAAACUUCUUUUUCUUUUGACAGUGGUGGUCAUUGAGCACAAUACACAUUGCUGUUAACUUUAAUGUUUUGUAUUGAUAUUAUCUUUAUUUUUGUGAAAGAGGAGUGGGGGAAGAGGGCCUGAUCUAAUCUCAGAGGCUGUUAGCUGCUUGUCCCUGAACAUAAGCUUGUGUCUCCUACAUCACUUUGUAGAAUUCUCAUAGUUUGAUAUAGUGGUCCACUAGUAAUUAAAAUAAUAGUCAUUUUUUAUAUCGGGCUACUGGUUCAGUAUUUGAGUGCUCAAAAUUGUUGUUUACUUUAUGCUUUGUCAGGGUGUUGAGGUGUGAAAACAAGCCGCCUUGGUUGCUCAGGCCUGUUCCUGUUAACAACUUCAUAAAAGUGAAUGUCUUGUUAAUAGUUUUCUAAAGUCCUUGUGAUUCCAUCUUUUCUAAGUUUGCCCCAGAGGUCUAUUAGUGUGAGAUACUGAUAUAUUUCUCCCAAUUUUAAGUUAAAAUAAAUAAUAAGGACUAAUAGAGGCCUUGCCCAGUUCUUUUGGUUUCUUGAGGAUGAUUUGGGCUCAAGGUUGAGGCUGUGCUGUGCACAUGAUUAGUUUGAGCACUUAGACCAGACACUGCCUGUUUAUUUGUGUAAACAUUUGUUCCUGUAUAAACUGUAGAGUCCUGGUUCUGGAACCACCUUCCAACAAAAGGUUUUAUUGUAGGAUUCAAGUUUUUAACCUUUAGAGCCUGUAGGGGGCUCUAGGAGGCAAAAUAUAGUCAGCCUUAGAGCAGGGGCAGUCUUUUGACAGCAACUCAAUGGAAAAUAUAUUUCAUUGCAAUCCAACAUACACAUACACCCCCAAACAAAACUUACUAAACAACACCCUGGCUACUCAAUAUGCACCUGGAAUACUUUAGUCACAACCCACUAUUUGGCUUUCAACAUUGCAGGUUAGGAAACACUAGUUUAUUUUGAGGUACAGGAUGAAUUAGCAUUUUAAAUCAUUUUCUUCCUUGCUGUGAUAUUCUACUCAAAAUCUUAUUUUGAGCAUAAAGUGAUAUAAUUUAACAUUCUGUAUUUUGCUUGGAAAAGUAGUCUGGAGUCUGAAAUUAGAGGUGGAAAUGUAAACAUCAGUGUCUAUUGAUUGAUGUUCUUGAACCUGAAGUUAUUCUAUAGAUUUUUAAUUUUUAAGAUGGACAACUGUGAGUGACUAAACUUGCCUGCACUUUUAUAUUUUGGUGGUUGUUUGUCCUGGGAAGGGAGUAGAAUACUGGUAUAUUGGUGCUACCUUUUGUGAAAUUCACAUCACUUUCCAGAAAUUGUU